UGUAAUAAUCAUCCCUAUGGUAACUGCAUUCUCACCAGGAAACUACCUUUUUAGAAGCUUGCAUUGAAAAUCAUACGAAAUCAAAUCUUUUUAUGGAUCAAGUUGAAUUUGAACCUGCUGGGCACUGGGGUGCAAAACUUCUAAAAGCUGAUGAACACCAAUCUGAGACGAAAUCUCAAACAAGAGAUCUGUUUAAGCCACCAGUUCUCAUCAGAUCUGGUGGAGGAAUUCGUAACUAUCUUUAUCAGUUAAUAUCACAUGGGUCUGCCCAAACGAAAGUGGAGGGAAGCAAUAUUCUUGGUAAACUUCAGAUAACUUGGCGAACUAAUCUGGGUGAACCCGGUCGCUUACAAACACAGCAAAUUAUGGGCACUCCCAUAACACGAAAGGAUAUUGAGUUGCAAGUUGUGGAGAUACCAUCUGUCAUCAAAUUGGAAAGACCCUUUUCGCUACACUUAAAAUUAGCAAAUGAGACAGAAAAAGAACUUGGCCCAUUUGAAGUUUCUUUAUCCCAAGAUGAUUCACGCGAGGAGAAGGUUGUCGUGAUUAAUGGUCUUCAAACUGUGGUAUUUCCAAGUGUUGAAGCAUUUGGUUCCAAGGAGUUUCAUCUGAACCUCAUUGCUACCAAACUUGGAGUUCAGAAGAUCACAGGCAUCACUGUUUUUAACACAAUGGAGAGAAAAUCAUAUGAUCCUUUGCCAGAUUUAGAGAUAUAUGUGGAUCUGGACUGAUCAUGCCUUAGUUUUGACCGGAUUUAUCACUGUAUUUUGUGGAACUAUUUAUCCCAUAUGAUCUGAAACGCAAGCCACUAGUUCACGGGGUUGAUAAGUGGUGAUGAAUACAUCUCCUCCAGCCUUUUGAAGAUUGCUUUCACAAUCUCUUUUUUCUGGUUCAUUUGGUGGACUGUAGGUCUGUAGCAAUCUCUUUUUUCCACAAAUCUCAUUUGGGUAGCAAAUGUAAAGUUGUAAGAUUAGAAUGCCCAGAAACUGGCUUCCAUAUUUAGUUGUGAGGAUGGAAAGUAGUCUGUAAAAGAUUUAGCUGAUUAUAUUACAGAUUUGUUAUACAAUUUCUCAGAAACUAUUGUUACAUCAGAGCUUUAUUGAAGUACUUAACUUGAAGAUACUUCAGUUUCAUCCCUCCUUAGACCUUAUCCUCUUCCAUAUAACUCUGUUUAAUUUUCCAAUGAAUAGGGUCAAGACUCAAGACUUCGCAGUGGUGAACCCCAUCACUAGAGUGAAAGCAUACUUUCCUUAUCAUCACCAAAAUUACUAUGAUCAAAUUACAAAGUAAGUUUACACUUUACACU